AUGAUAUUCUCACGAUUUCGAAUUUUGUUAACCUUUACUGCGCUACUAAACUCAGUUUUCGCUGCCUUCAACAGUCCCAUACCAACCGAACAACAAAAGGAUGUUCUGCAAAAGGCGGUUAAGGAACUGCUCGACUUUAAGAGACUUCCCAGGCCGGGCGAGGUUAUGAGGCCGGUUUCGAGAACUGCUGAUGCAGCUUCAAAAUAUAUGCAAAAACUGUUUGAAAAAUACCAAAGAAAUGGUAAUUUUAGAAAUUUAGAUGGCAAUAUCGUCAGAAGCAUCAGCCCAACUGCCGGUAGUUUUCUUGGUGAAGAAGCGCUAUCUUUCAAGCUGAAUACAAUUAAGCAAUCAGAAAGGCAGAUUAUUCGAGCAGAACUACACUAUAAUAUACGACAUAAGCAUCGCGCCUCAAAAGUGCGUAAAUUGGUUACUGCGGUAGCUUUGUGCACCACGUCGAUUGGUUGCUCAAGACCGGAUACUAUGAAAUUACGUCCAAAAUUGGUCUCUGAUGAUUGGCUUAGCUAUGAUACAACUCAAGUUGUUGUCGACGCAAUUCGUUCAAAUCGUUCAACUAUAAACAUUCAAUUUUUACGAAGAGGACGACCAAUGGCGUGUUAUGAUCUGAUCAGGAGGAAUACACCAUUUCUGCUGGUUUAUUCGGAUGCUCCGGUGCUCAUUGAUAAAAAAAGAAUGCAAACAGCACUUUAUACACAAGAGGAUAAUGAGGAUGAGGAAGAUAAUGAUGAUAAUAACCAUCGUAAUCAUGAUCAAUUUGAUAGUGAUGAAGAAGAUAACGCUGAAGUAUAUAAACGACACCGAAUGAAGCGUUCUUCUGGGUAUUACUCAUAUUCGGAGAGUGAAGACAAUGCAAACGAAGCAGAUCGUUUGCAUAUGCAUGUUCAACAAUUUCGGAACAUGGGUCCAAGAAUGUUACAGAGCCGCAAAAAGAUGCGAAAAUCAGCAUAUGGUCGUGGAAAGAAUAGAGCGCAUAAGAUAGAUCCGAUGAUGGGUUUUGGUACAGCAGUGAACGACAAAGAAGGGGUAUUGGAGCCAUCAAAAGCACCCGAAUCAGACCAUGACGAUCUAACAGUUGUGUUACUGGGAGGAUCACAACGCACCGAACAGAAAUGUGCACGACGAAAAUUGCUGGUGCAGUUUCGUGAUAUCGGAUGGGAGCAUUGGAUCAUUGCACCGACAUCGUUUGAAGCACAUUAUUGUAGUGGAUCUUGUCCUUUUCCUCUUCAGAAGGAUGUGAAUCCAUCGAAUCAUGCAAUUGUGCAAUCGAUUAUUCAUACAAUCGGACUGAAUCCAUACGUGCCAGCUGUUUGUUGUGCGCCCGAUAAGAUGGACUCGUUAACUUUGCUAUACUUCGACGAAAUGGAUAACGUCGUUCUGAAGAACUAUCCCAAAAUGAUCGUUUCAUCAUGUUCUUGCCUCUGA